AUGAGUCUCCUUCCCCCGGCUCUGGUCUUCCUCCUUCUUGCCAUUUAUUCCCCUCGGUCCCUUCUUCCAUUUGUCGAGUGCUCGCGGUCGUGUCCGCACCACUGCCUUUGUUACGAGCAUGCGGAGCUGGUGGACUGCCGUGACCGUGGGUUCGUACGCGUCCCUCGAGGCCUCCCACACGGCACCUGGCUGCUGGAACUGGGGGGAAACAACCUGAGCGUGAUCGGCACCCGGGCCUUCAUUGGCCUGUGGUCCUUGCGGGUGCUGGUGCUGACCAACAACCAAAUAGAAGAUAUUGAACCGCAGGCUUUCUUCUCUUUGUCCUUUAUGGAGAAGCUGAUUCUCAGUUGGAACCAGAUAACAAGUCUCCCUGUGGACUUUUCCACGAGUCUGUCUGCUCUCAAAGAGCUGCGACUGGAGCACAACAGCUUACAUUACAUAUCUGGAUUCAGCUUUGAGUAUCUGGACAACCUGGAGAAGUUGGACCUCAGUCAUAACCAGCUGACGUCUAUCAGCCCCGGCGUGCUCAGAGGCCUCUCCAGGCUCAGGCAGCUUUAUCUGCAGAACAACAGACUGACUGUGGUGCAGCAGGGGAGCAUGGACAUGCUGCCCGGACUAGAGGUUCUCCAGCUGAGCAACAACAACAUCUCUGAGAUAGAACCCGAUGCCCUGGCUCCUCUCUACAGUCUGGUGGUUCUCGUUCUGGAGGGAAACAACCUGCAACACCUCAAGUUUAAGACCUUCAUCAGCCUUCACACAACAGCGACACACAUCCAGCUUUCAGGUAACCCGUGGAGCUGCGACUGCGACCUGCACCGCGUCUUCAGCAAGAUCCUGCACGUUCGGCACCUCCACAUCGACGACUACCGCAACGUGACGUGCCAGAGCCCUCCCCAGCUGGCCGGGGCUUCUCUGGCCUGGGUGGACAGCCAGCUCUGCAUCGCCGAGACCGCCACCGUGCUGGUCAUCACCAUCACCGUGUUCGUCACCGUGGUGGCGGCCAUGGUGAUGGCGGAGAGGAACAGGAAGAGGAACCAUGGGAAGAACUGGGACACUGAGUCGCAGACACAAGCUCAGAGUCCUCCAUCUUGA